AUGUCCAAAAGGAACAUAAGUUACAUCAAACCCCAAGAUCCAAGUUUUUUACAAAAAUUAAAAGCACAAAUUGGAUAUAAAGACGGUCCAGACGUUGAUACUAAGCGUCAAAAACUAGAAGAUCUUGAUACAAACUCAGCAGACGAAGGGGAUUACAACAAACAAGGUGACGGUGAGGGCGGCGACUACGAAAGGGACGACGAAAAACCCCAAAUUGUUGUAAUAAAAUCGGGCGACCUAACUGCCGAGGAAGCAGAAGCAGAAAAGCGGAGGAUAGAGAAAGAGGAAGCCGAAAAACCAGCCGAUCUUAGUCAAAGGAUUAUUUUCAAGACUAAAGCUAAAAUUGUUGAUGAGACAUCAGUUAAAUUGAAAAAAGAUAAAAAAUUAAAGAAAUCAGCAGUUAAAGAGGCAAAGAGUAAAUUAUCUUUUGCCCAAGAGGACGAAGAAGAAGAAGAUUUUUGA